AUGGCCCUAGCUAAAGAAGCAGCAGCUAAGGCAGCAAAGGCGGCUGAAGAUGUUGCAGCUAAAGCUUCUACAGCAGUCGAUGCUACAACAGCUGUAGAGAGGGAAGUGCUAGACGUGGCCCCAAUUGAGGUUGAACAUGCUCCACCUUCAACUCCUACAGGCACUAGGAGGAGCUUGUGCUGGGAUCUCCAAGUUGUGUCUGAGCUUGAUGAAACAGCAACUGCAUUGGUGGACCCGCCUGCUAAAAAGAUGACUCCAAGGAGGAAGAUGCUAGCUACAAAGACAAGGAAGAGUCCAGCCAAGAAGGGAAAGAAAUGA